AUGAGAUGGACAAAUGAAAGAUUGACGUGGAACGACAUUUUAGAAAUAGUAGAGGAUUAUCAGUUGGACAGGUGUAUGAAAGAGAGUAAAAGUGUUAGUGUUAGGACUGAAGUAGCUGAGGGUAUACCAGAGUUUAAGAGCUAUAGGGAGGCAGUUUUAGAAGGGCCGAGGCAAAUGGCAGAGUGUGGACAGGUAAGGCACAUAGCGAGCAGAUGUCGGGGUACCCGUGUGAAUGUGAUUUGUGGUAAUUGCGGGAAGAACGGGCAUUAUGCUAGGAUGUGUAAGGAACCGUAUGCAAAGUGUGCUGAAUGUGGACUGGAAGGUCAUGUGUGCCUUAUGUGUGUUUGCUGUUUUGUGAAUUGCAACAUGCAAACCCAUGAGUUUAAUGAGCUGGCUUCUAAACCUCCCUCCCCAAGCGUGUGUCUGAGAGUAGGUGGCAAGAGGUGCAGUAACUGGAGAUCAUCUGUGGAUGUCGAUCCUCAUGUUCUCUGCACAUCUUGCAAGGGGCAUGAUUGCAACCCAGAGUUAACUUGUAAUGAGUGUAUUUCAUGA